ACGUUCUGUGAUUUUUAUCUGUAUUUUUUGUACCAACGUUUUUUGGUGUUUUUUGUACGUUUUCGUUAGCUCUUGUACGUUUUUUUUUUUUUUUUUAUUAAAAUUUCACGUUAACGAAUUCACUAUGAGUGAUUCUGAAGAUAGUGUGACCCUUGUAAUAGACAGCACGGAGGAAACUAGUUUACCAAGUAGAAGGAAUAUUCAAGGAAAAUGGGUACGAAGUCGUCAGAAGAACAUGGUUGUCGACAUGUACCUGAACAUGCAUAUGAACUAUCCGAUUAUGCAAAACAAACAAAUAAUGCACAACAUUUCGCAAACUUCGGGUAUUGGUCUUAAUUCUGUGUAUUCAAUUAUUUCGAAGUACAGAAAAACUGGAACUGUUACGUCUCCUAAAAAUAAACGUAAUAAAAAGUGUCUGUUUAACAAAAUUAGCAAUUUAGAUCGGAGUGCGUUACGUCAAAAAGUUUACAACUUUUGGUUGAAGAAAGAAUUACCGACUAUUGACAAAAUUUUAAGAAGUGUGAAUCAUGAUCCGGCUCUUCCUAAUUUCAAACGCACUACGUUGUAUUCAACAAUAAAAAAAUUGAACUUUGUUUACGUCAAGAGGAAUAAAUACAAUAUGUUGAUGGAGAGAAAUGACUUGUUGAUUUGGCGUCAAAACUAUUUGUACGAUAUUCGUAAAUAUCGAGAAGAAGGUCGUACCGUUUAUUACCUUGAUGAAACGUGGCUAAAUGUUAGCGAUUGUAAGAAAAAAUCGAGGGUCGAUAAAACAAUAAAGUCAAAACAGGAUACUUUAAACAGAGGUCAAACAACUGGUGUGACGAACACGACUGGUAAGGGCCAAAAUUUGAUUAUAUUACACAUUGGAUCACACAAAGGCUUUUUAGAUAACGGUCUGACAUAUUUUGUGUCAAAAAGAAAUGGUGUAGACUGCUAUGAUAGCAAAAAAUUUCAUGAAUGGUUUGGGUCAAUUCUUCCACGUCUUGAUCCAAAUGCAGUAAUUGUGAUGGACAAUGCCUCGUACCACUCAGUGAAAUCAGAAAAAAUACCGACAAGCCAUUCAAAAAAAGAAGACAUUUUAUCGUGGUUAACUUCGAAAGGCGUUGUCAUCAAUAAACCAAUGUUUAAACCACAACUGCUCGCAAAGGUUAACGAGAUAAAGGGGAAGUAUGUGUCUUAUGUCGUCGACAAUAUGGCCAAAGACGCUGGCCAUUCCGUAUUAAGAUUACCUACCAACCAUUGUGAAUUGAAUCCAAUGGAAUUGGUAUGGGAAAUGGUUAAAAGCUAUGUAAGGCAGCAUAGUAUAUCAUUUAAAAUCGAAGACGUUAAGGCCCUUGCGAACGCGGCAAUUGAAGGAGUCAACCGAGAAAAGUGGGAAAAUUUUAUUAAACAUGUCAUAGCGGAGGAGAAUAAAUUGAACGAAAUUGACAAAAAUAUGGACGAAAUUAUUGACAGUUUAGAACCUUGUGAUCUCACCGCAACAGACGAUACUUCCGAUUCUGAUGAUAACUUUUAAUUUAUUAUAUAAUUUUUAUGCAUAUUAUAACUUGUAAACAUUCUUUUGAUGAGCAA